AUGAGACCUCUCUUCCUGGCCCUGCUUGGCAUCUGCGUUCUCGCUGAAUUCAUGGUGGAAGAUUACAGAUUUAUUACCAGACGUGGCCUUAAAGUCUGUGCGGAUCCACAAGCCAAGUGGGUGAAAAAAGCAGUAGAAAGCGUGGACAAGUCCACCAGAAGAAACAUGAAACAGACCACGCCAACAGGAGCUCAACAGUUCACCAAUUCAGCUGUGACCCUGACCACAUAGUGGCCAUUUAGCAUCUGCCCCCUCACUAACCAGCCAUCUCAUUUCCCUUUAUAAACUCAUGGACUAAUUGGAUUAUAUUCACUUUUUAUAAAAGUGCUGCA